CCCCCGCCGCCCUGCGCGCGCACCGCCGCCAUGUCCAAAAUCGACCGCAUGAUGAUCCAGGGCAUCCGCUCCUUCGGCCCGGAAAAAGGCGAGACCAUCGUCUUUACCGCCCCGCUGACCCUCAUCGUCGGCUGGAACGGCUCCGGCAAGACGACCAUCAUCGAGUCGCUCAAGUAUGCCACCACCGGCGACCUGCCCGCCAACAGCAGGACCGGCGGCGCCUUCAUCCACGACCCCAAGCUGCGCAACGAGAAGGAGCUGCUCGCCCAGGUCAAGCUGUCCUUCCGCUCCACCUCGGGCGUGCGCAUGGUGGCCACGCGCAACCUGCAGGUGACGGUCAAGAAGAACGCCCGCAGCCAGAAGACGCUCGAGGGCUCGCUGCUCAUGAUCAAGGACGGCGAGAAGCACUCCAUCUCGACCCGCGUCGCCGAGCUCGACCAGAUCAUCCCCCAGUAUCUCGGCGUCUCCAAAGCCAUCCUGGAAAACGUCAUCUUCUGCCACCAGGAAGACAGCCUGUGGCCAUUGGCCGACGCCACCACCCUCAAGAAGAAGUUUGAUGAAAUCUUCGAGGCCCUCAAGUACACAAAAGCCAUUGAGAACAUCAAGCUAAUUCGGAAAGCCCGCAACGUCGACCUGGGCCAGCUCAAGAUAAUCGAGGCCAAUGCCAAGGAGGACAAAUCACGCGCAAAGAAGAGCGAGGACAGGCAGGCCAAGCUGUUUGACGAGAUCGAGAAGCUGCGCGAGACAUACACACAGGUCGAUGCAAAAUGCACAGAGGCCCAGCAGAAGGCGAGCGACGCCUUCAACCAUGCCGCCCGUUUCGAGCAGAUUGUCGCGCAACUAGACGCCAAGCGCAUGACGCUCGGCAUCAACCAGCAGAACGUGGCAGAGCUGCAGGAUAAUCUGAAAGAGCUGGCCGAAUCGGAUGAAGAGCUGCAGGACAUGCUAGACCAGUACGAGGAGCGAGUGGCGACCUACUCCACACAGGUCACAGAGUUCAAGGAGCAAUAUCUCGAACUGAAGAACAAGCUGGAAGAGAGACGGGAUGCCCUGGGAGCAAAGCAGAGCGAGAUUGGAAAAUACGAGGCACAAAAAGAGCAGCACGAGCAGCAGAUCCAAUAUCGUGAGAAUUCCAUAAAGGAAGCUGCAAAGCGACAUGCUAUCCGAGGCUUCGACUAUGCCAUCACGGAAAAGCAGGUGGCCGACUUUCAGCAGAUCUUGACCAAGAUGUCCCGCGACCAGAACAAGACUCUCGAUCGAGCACGCGAGGAAUCCCAGCGUGAUCUCCGUGAAGCCCAAGAGGCUCUCAACCAGCUGAACACACGCAAAUCUGGACUGUGUCAGAGCAAAGAGUCUGCCCGCAGUCAGAUCACGAGCAACGACAAACGCAUUGCCGAGCUUCAAAGGACCGUGAACCAGAUCAAGGCGGACGAAGGCAGCGAGGCCAUUCUGCAAGACAGGAAGCGGGAUGUCGAGAAGCAAUUGCAAGAUGCGGUGGCUUCAGCUGCUUCUGAGCGCUAUGAGGAACGCAUAUCAGAAGCCUCGGCCAAUCUACGAGCAUUGGAGGACCGCAAAGAGCGCCUGACGGCUGAAUUUGGCAACGCGUCAAAGCAGGCUCGGGAAUCUGCCUCUAUCGAUGUCAAGCGGGACGAGCUGCAUAGCCAGCAACACAGCUUAGCGACCAUGAAGAGAGUCCACAACGAGCGUCUUUCCCAGCUUGUUGAUCCAGACUGGGAUCCAACCACCUUGGAAACAACCUUCCAACAGGUGCUUUCAGAAAAAGCGGAUAAAGCAAAGGAGGCUGCAUCGCGCCGCGACAUUGCGCAGACCAAGUUGGAUCAAGUCAAUUUCCAAAUGUCCAGCCUGGAAUCGCAAAUGAAGCAGAAGCAGACUGUACUCGAAAAAUACGAGACCACGGUCAAGGAAUCCAUACAAAAGGACGAUAUUUCAGAUUUUGAUGGGACUUUGCAAGAGCUUGAAGAAGAGUACCAGGCCAUCUCCUCAGACAAGGCCAAAUUUGACGCACAGAUUGACUACAUGAGUAAAUGUUUAGAGUAUGCCGAACAGCACAACAUCUGCAGACUAUGCAAGAGGACUCUUCAUGAUGAUGACGAGGAAGACUUCACAACGGCUGGCUUCAUAAAGGGACUGAAGGACAUUAUUGCAAAAGCAAAGAAAAACAUGGAAGCGGACAAUCCGGAUGUGGUCUUUGCUGAGCUGGAGGCUGCCCGCAACGCCAAGCCUAGCUAUGAAUUGGCGAUUCGUCUACGUAACACUGAAAUCCCCGCAAUCCAAGCGAACCUUGCUAAGUUGACCGCUGAGCGGGACACGCUCAACAAGCAACUCGAAAAUCAGGACGCUGUUGUGUAUGAGCUGGAGGCUGCAAAGCAAGAAGUCGAAUCUCUGACAAAGGAGGUACAGACCAUUGUGGGGUACUACACAAGGGCACAGGAACUUGAAGCCGAGAUCACUGAACUGGCACAAAAGCAGAAAUCUGCCGGGCUCUCGCGGGGUAUUGAUGUUAUUCAGACCGACCUCAAGCAGGUGUCUGAUGAUGGCCGCGAUGCCAGAAACCUAUUGGACCAGCUUACUGCUGAUAGAGACAAGCUUCGCAGUAAGAUCAAUACACUUGAGCUGAGUGUACGUGAUAUCAGCGCCGAGCUGAACAAUGCUCAGUCCAAGCUGAAAGAGAAGCGGGCUCUUACCGACCGCGUGGACGAGUUAAGGAAAGAGAACAGCAAACAACGAGAAGCCAUGCACACUUUUGACCAGGAUAUUGCAAACAUUGAUCCUGAGAUUGAGCAAGCACAGUACAAAUACGAUGACAUCAAUCGCCGUGGCAACGACCGUGUUCAGCGUGCCUAUGAUGAAGCCUCCAAGUUGUCGGACAGCCUUCGCCAGCUCAACCAGGCUAAUGAGGAGAUUGCUGCCUACAUUGAACGUGGCGGCCCGGACCAGCUUGCUAACACACACCGAGAGAUUGAGAAUCUCCAGGGUGAGAUUGCACGCAUAGAAGCUAGCAUGACUGAUGUGACUCGAAAGAUUAAAAAGAUCGAAGACACGAUGCGAGACACAGAGGCCAGCAAACGCUCCAUUAGUGACAACUUGCGUUACCGAAAGGCGAAGCGCUCCCUCGAAGGCCUAGAAGCUGAGAUUCAAAAGCUCGAAGAGCAGGGUGCCGAGCGCGACAAGGAGCACUACGAGCGUGAAGCCGAGCACUGGGACCUACAAUAUCGCCAACUGAACAUUGAAAAAACGGGCGUUGAGCGGGAUAUGAAGAACAAAGACGAUCAGCUAACAGAGCUCAUGGACGAGUACAAGGAUCUCUACAAAGACUCUGCAGAGCAGUACCGUGAAGCACACAUCAAGGUCGAGGCUACCAAGGCUGCCAUUGAAGACCUGGGUCGUUAUGCUGGCGCUCUAGACAAGGCCAUUAUGAAGUACCACACGCUCAAGAUGGAGGAAAUCAAUCGUAUCCUUGCCGAACUGUGGCGGAAUGCAUACCAGGGUACGGACGUUGACACGAUCCGCAUUGCCUCUGAUGGUGACGGAAAAGGCAACCGGACAUACAACUACCGUGUUGUGAUGGUCAAGCAAGACACCGAGAUGGACAUGCGGGGGCGCUGUUCUGCCGGCCAGAAGGUCCUCGCUUCCAUUGUUAUUCGUCUGGCACUGGCUGAAUGUUUUGGUACAAACUGUGGGUUGAUUGCGCUCGACGAACCGACCACGAAUCUCGAUCAGCAGAACAUCAAGGGACUCGCAGAGUCCUUGUCUCAGAUCAUCCAGAGUCGGCGGAAGCAGGCAAACUUUCAGCUGCUCGUCAUCACGCACGACGAACAAUUCUUGCGCGAGAUGAACUGCGCCGACUAUACGGAUGUGUAUUGGCGUGUGGGCAGGGAUGUCAACCAAGAAAGUUACAUUGAGCGCCAGAACAUUGCCGAGGUGACUUAAUUCUGGCUAUGGUUUGAGCGUUCCAGCCGCGAGGCGGCAUCACGUUUGUUGUGGCAUUUCUGGUUCACUGGCGUUAUCAUGGCAUCAUAGCGACGGAGUUUGCACGAUACCCAUUAUAGAAUGGGAGUUCCACGGAACGGCAUGCCUGUUUGAGACAUUUACAUUGACUUUGCAUCAUUUAUCUCGCAUGACUUUAGCUUCACGAAGUCCUGACUCGACUAUACCAAAAA